AUGUACAUGACCGAAUUGAUGCUACAAUUUUUCGUCGUUUUAAUUGGCUCAGGUGCUGAAGGAGGACCGAACGAGAGGAGGCUGUUGGAGGAUUUGCUGCUCACGUACAACAAUCUAGAACGACCCGUCGCUAUCGAAAACGAAACUUUACAAGUCAGCUUUGGCCUUACACUGAUGCAGAUAAUAGAUGUGGAUGAGAAGGAUCAAGUACUCACAACAAAUGCGUGGAUCAAUCUAGAGUGGACAGAUAGCAGCUUGAAAUGGAAUACUUCAGAAUAUGGCAGAGUAGAUAAUAUUAGAAUACACCCAACUAAAUUAUGGAAGCCAGACGUCCUUAUGUACAACAGUGCCGAUGAAGGAUUCGACGGGACAUUCGCCACAAAUAUAGUUGUUAGAAACAAUGGCAGUUGUUUGUACGUACCCCCAGGAAUUUUCAAGAGCACGUGUAAAAUAGACAUCACUUGGUUUCCAUUUGAUGAUCAAAAGUGCGAGAUGAAGUUCGGGAGCUGGACAUACGACGGAUUCCAGUUGGACUUGAGUAUGAAAGAUGAUGCCGGAGGGGACCUGUCGAGUUUUAUCACCAAUGGUGAAUGGGAGCUUAUAGGAAUGCCCGGAAAGAAAAACGUGAUAUACUAUAGUUGUUGCCCUGAGCCAUUUGUCGACGUCACAUUUACCAUCCAUGUUAGAAGGAGAACAUUGUAUUAUUUUUUUAACCUAAUUGUGCCAUGUGUGCUUAUCAGCUCGAUGGCCCUACUUGGGUUUACGUUACCCCCAGAUUCGGGUGAAAAGCUGACCUUAGGAGUCACCAUUCUCUUAUCUCUGACUGUGUUCCUUAACAUAGUGGCAGAAACGAUGCCCUCAACGUCAGAUGCCGUACCGCUCAUAGGAACUUACUUCAAUUGUAUCAUGUUCAUGGUUGCUUCUUCAGUGGUAUUAACUGUUGUCGUUUUAAACUACCAUCAUCGGACUGCCAACAUGCACGAAAUGCCACCCUGGGUGAAAACAGUAUUUCUGCAGUGGUUGCCCUGGAUUCUUCACAUGAGCCGUCCAGGAAGAAAAAUUACUCGCAAAUCGAUUCGAGAGGAACAGAAAAUGAAGGGAUUCAAAGAUAUCAAGGAAAGGUCAUCCAAGUCCUUGUUAGCCAACGUGUUGGACAUGGAUGAUGACAUUCGGAUGAGCUCUUCGUACCUUAGGAUGGAGACAUCGGACAUGUCAUCCCCAUGUGCUCUUGCCCAACGUGACCUCCAAGGCAUUCUCAGAGAAAUCCGCUUCAUUACGGCACGGAUGCGAAAAUCCGAGGAGGACGCUGAGGUUGUUGGAGACUGGAAAUUCGCCGCAAUGGUCGUCGACCGCAUGUGUUUAAUUGUUUUUACAACAUUCACCGUCGUGGCGACGAUAGCUGUGCUCCUUUCUGCCCCACGAAUCUUGGUUUAUUAAAGGGUGAAAGCAUUUCAAUAUUUCCUCAAAGAGCAACUCAACAAUCACGAAUUUCCAAGUAAUAGGAAUCAACUACGAAAAAUUAAGAGUUAACGGAAUUGCAAAAAAAGUUACAAUGGAGGCAAUUUCUGAAAUCAUGAGAUAUAAAAUAUAUUUAAUCAACAUAAAAUAAAUACUAGGACCACAACUAAUAUUAAUUACAUAAUAAUCUCUGACAAUUUAACCAACGAACAAAAUUAUUCGUGAAACAAUUUUAGAGAAUUUAAACUGCUUAAAACUAUGGUUAAAAGAACGAUUACUUUAUAUUUCAAUACCAUUCACCACCAAUAUUGUCAAGUCAUACAUAUAUUUAAAUGUAAAUUAAAGUAUUAGCGAAUCUCUAAGGACGGAAACCCAAAUCACGGGUAUAUUUGUAUGUACACAUACCAUAGGAAAUAGCAGAAGGACAGCAGCAUGACUACAAUUUAUCACAAGUACUACACACUUAUAAUAAGUAGCUUACAGUAUCAUAAUAAAACUGUGGUUUCGCAAAAUGAGCUUCUCAUGAGGGUGGUCAGAAGCAGUAGACAAUAAAGCUUAUAUUCAGAGUGAAUUGAGGAGGAGACAACGUACAAGUAUGACUUAACUCAAGUGAGAUUUCAUUUCCUCUAAUGAGAAAUUAUAAGCCCCAUUUGCAACUUCAUUUGCCUCUUUUGAAUGCUUGGAACAAAAAACCAUGUCCAGUUACGUUUACUGAAUAGUGUGCAAGUUAUAAAGAAUUAAAUUCACUUAUAACGUAUUUAAAAGUCGUCCGUCAGUAAUGAAUUGGAGGCUUUGAACUCGUUAAGUUUCAACUUUUUGAUAAAUUGACAACUAAAGAAGGUGAAGGGAGAAGAGAGAAAGAGAGUGAAAGUAGAUUUCCAGGUUUGUACGUACGUCUGCAUUAGAAUGUGAAAAGCGAGAGCAUGUCGGGGAGGACGGUGGUGGUGGUGAACGAGGAGGAUGGCACAUUUUAAAGAUGAAACUUGCUUUCUCUCUCUCUCUCUCUCUCAACUUUUAAUAACUCUUGGCAGCUCCAUCCUUAGCGCGGACAAAGAAGGUUUUAUUGUAACAAACGAUCGCAAUUAUUACACGUUAUAACCAAACCAGCAUUGGUUCGAUAUCGAUUUGACCUCAUUGUUUCCCUUGUUUCCACAAGAACCAGUGAUUUUAGCUGGGGAAAGGUGGUGGCACUGCUGUGGUAUGUAUAAUAUCGAUGCUUUGAUCAAAAAUUUAAUUUCUCGUCGUUUUUUUACGCUUUUCUACUUUGUGUCGUCCCCACCAGAUCCGUUGCGGUUGAGAUCAGAGAACGUGAUUUGCAUCUGAAAAUUCAAUUACUCUCAUGUUUUAUUGUGGGUGAUAUGUACAUAUGUAGCAAUCGGUGAAGUUGCCAUCCUAUUCCUGCGGGUUACUUAUCCAGUAGUUGCUUUCCAAUUUCAAAAUGGACGUGAGUGGACGAGUUGCAAUGGUAGGAAAAAUUCAUUAUCCGCGAAUGAACGUGAAACCACAGGAUCAUCAAGUAGAGAGAAUCCAUAUAUGCAUGCAGCAUGGAGCAACAGCAGGCGUGGUAUUAAUGAAAGCUCGAAAAUCAGGUUGUCGGCUUGGUGACGGAAGAGUGAGUAAAAGGCUGGUCGGUUGGUUGUUGGUUAGUUGGAGGCGAGGAGGAGGAGGAAUAUAUUCGUAUGUAGGUGACAUGUUAGGGUCGAGGUAACGAAGGAAGGAAGGAUGGGGACGACGACGGCUUGGUGGUGGUCGUGGCAAGGUAAAAGAGUAAAUGAGUCUAUCAGGGAAUUAGCAGGCUCGAGCAUAACGAGAAACCACAAAGAAAGCGUUUCGGUGCGAGAUCACAGAAUUUGGAUUCCAUUAGCAGUAACUUUGCUACAAAAAGGCUCGUUGAGGGAGAAAGUCGGCCCAGAGAACGUGAUGUGGUUCCCUUAAACUGCUCCAUCUCUCUCAUAUUUUAUAACGGACUUUUAUAGGACAAAAAUGGAAUAAAAUAGAGCCGCAACUGGCUGCCUGAGACUGCACGUGUCCUCAAUGACAUAGACAGAAGUAUAUUCGAUGUGCUUGCUCAACCAAAAUGAAAACCAAAGAAAUCGGAGCAUUCUGCUGUGAAAUGCGGCUGGCUCAUCCCCCCAUCCUUGAAUCAAAGUCAAAGGAAAAUUUCGAUCCACCUGCAGCUUUUUCUACUUUCUCCCCGAUCCUUAGCCACCACCACCACCACCGAUCCCACCUUUCGCCCCGAAACCAGAUAUGCUUACACGCAUAUUCGUAACCUGCAUAAUGCUCUAAUCAUUAUCCACAAUCCUCUCGUCCUCUUCUUCUCCUUCACUCAGACAUCAUGUCCAGCCUCACGAAUGCACAGCAGGAGGACACUUUCACUGAAAAUAUGCAAAUACCAAUUGAUUUUCUAACCUUUUGACUAAAUUAGUUUUUAUGCAUGUGAUAUCCACUACAGUUAAUGAGUAUCGAUGGCUAAUGUUAAUGAGUAAUCUCGUUUUUUUACCUGGAGCUUUUAUGUGCAUACACGUUUACGCCUCAUUAUUCGCCAGUUAACGAUAGGAAAUUUUGACUAUCGACAGUUUUUGUUUAUUAUGUAUAUAAGGCGUACACAUCAAUGUGCUUAAAUACAUACUUGCUUUAAUCAUAAUUUAUGGAUAUUACGCCAAAAAUAUAAACAUCGUGUGCGUUCAGAAUCUCAAAAGAAAGUCAAAAUGAUAAAUAUGCACAUAUUAUUAUACAAGAUAGCCGUCAGUUAAUUGAGAAAACAAAUAUAACUUUUAAACAAUUUUCAUAUGUACAUAUUAGCAACCGGUUUUACAUGCAAAUUUGAUUUUUGAAAUUUUUCAAGUUUGGGGAUUGCAAAACAGGAAAGUCUUAAACCGUGUUCACUAUUAAAAAACGAUUUUCAAAAUUAUUCAAAACGGAUUGAAAUUUUACAAUUGAGAUUAUGAGAAAUUGUAUAACUCAGCAAAUUAGGCCAGGACUGCAGGGUUCGAUAUCGCUCAAUUUUUGCUGCCAACCAAACUAAAAACUAAAUGCUAACUAGGUUUUUAAUAACACUACUUUUUCAUGCAAGGUCCUAAAUGUAUUUUUUACACAACAUUUUACAUAGUAAAUACGAUCACAUCUAAUAAUAUUUAUACGAGCUACGUCACCUUUAACUAAAUCACAUUGAGUAAGUAAAUCGUGUUUGAGAAUAUAAAUACAGAGCAAUUUUGACAAUGUAAGAGGCGAAAAUUAAUGCAUUUGAUAAUACAUGUAUCAAUAAUUUUUUAAAAAUUAAUAUGCACUUUUUCAGUUUAUAAAGCGAUGAUAUACUGACCGUUUAGAUAUAAAAAGUAAAAAAAAAUGUACAAAUAGAGUUAAAUGAGUGGUGGAUAAAAUUAAUCAAGCUUUUUUGUUGUUAUGCAUACCUUGAGAGUAUUCAUUACGAGUUCGAAUGUUCGCAUCGCAAAAUAAUUUUUAAAAAAUUGCAAGAUGCAAGAUGCACAACUUCGCAAAUGAAUUUUCAAGCCAAAUUUUUUUUCAAACUUGCGAACUUUGUUUUAUUUUGGUUGCGUUGCUAACAAUGCGAACUCGUAAUGAAUACCCUCAGUACAUAUAUAUGGACCGUGUGUAAAUUAUGCAAGAGUUGGUGGCAAUCAACCUGACCCAUUAUAUAAUACACACAACUACAUACUUUUUUAGUCUACGUGUGUAGCACAUAUUCAAAGCAGCAGGCUGCUGAUAAAUAUAUUGUGUUAUUUGGUGCUUAUACAGAUAACGAUAAACAAUAGUUGUAGGAUUAAAGUUUUACAAGUACUGAAAAUUUCCACAGUAUCAAUCAUUGGUGAGCAUGCAAAUUACAGAGUGUAAAAUUUGAUGAUCUAUAUAUGGAAAAUGGAUAAUAAUGUAUUUCUACAUUGUACAAAAUCACACACCAUAUUGUUAUAUGAUUGCAUGAUAUAGAGACUUACGUAGUAUGAAAUGUACGUUAAUUUGGAAAUUCUAAUGGAAAUGAAAAACAAACCACUUGUAAUUUUUGUUCUAAUUGUAAUAUCCAAAAUUCAUUUUAGUGAUAAUGCAAACGAAGCUACAGUUAAAAGCAGAUUUAACGAAAAAUUACACACCACACUAUUUCUGUUAUUUGUGUACAUAUGUGAGAAAAAAUAUGAUAAUAUGCAAUCUUAAAUACAAAGUAUGUAAACCUAUAUUACGUUUAAUUAAGCAUAAAUAACCAAAUAUGUAAAUAAAUAUUCAGCGAGGAACAUGGUCAUUCCACCACCAUCGUUAUAUUAAUAAUGUUAAUAAAUAACUCGACACAUAACUGAAUUUACAAUGAACUGCAUGACCGACGCACUUCUCCAAGAUGAAUAGUAUUAAAACUAAUAAUGUAAUCUGUGACUAAGAGUAGAUGAAUACUCAAUUGAUCAAAACUAAUUAAAAUGAACUGGCAGAGAGCUCAGAUUUAAAUAAACUUUACAUCGAUUGAAUAUUUCAAUA